AUCACAGAAUGAAGUCACGGUUUCCUCCGGGAUUAUUUCGCAGUUGCACAAGUUUUGGAAAGUGCUGCGUCAGGAACUCUGUCCACUCUCAUUCUAACAGACGUGAGCUCAGAUGGAGAAGCUCAGUGGGUUCGAGUUCUGGAGGAAGACCUUAAAGGAAGCCCGCUAUGUGUUGGCCCCCAUGGUGGAUCAGAGCGAGCUGGCCUGGCGCAUGCUGAGCCGGAGACACGGGGCUCACCUGUGCUACACUCCAAUGCUGCACGCUAAGGUGUUUGUUAAACAAGCCAACUACCGGAGAGAAAACUUCUACAACGAAGUCUGCGAGAAGGACAGACCUCUCAUCACACAGUUUUGUGCCAACGAUCCAGAUGUGUUCCUUCAAGCUGCCCUCCUGGCUCAGGACCACUGUGAUGCCAUCGACCUGAACCUGGGCUGCCCACAGAUGAUAGCAAAGAGAGGACACUACGGAGCUUUCCUGCAGGAUGAAUGGGAACUGUUAGAGAAGAUGGUCAGUCUAGCCAAUGAAAAGCUCUCAGUGCCCAUCACAUGUAAGGUCCGGGUCUUCAAGGAGAUUGAGAAGACGGUCCAGUACGCCCAGAUGCUGGAGAAAGCUGGAUGUCAGUUGCUGACGGUGCACGGCCGAACCAAAGAGCAGAAAGGUGCGUUGACGGGUAUCGCCAGCUGGGAGCACAUCACAGCCGUACGGAAGGCAGUAAAUAUUCCAGUGUUUGCAAAUGGCAACAUCCAACACCUGAGUGAUGUGGAGCGCUGCAUUCAGGAAACAGGAGUGCAGGGAGUUAUGAGUGCAGAGGGGAACCUCCAUAACCCAGCGCUGUUUGAGGGCUGCAGUCCCCCGGUGUGGGAAAUGGCUGAGGAGUAUCUGGAGAUAGUGAAGCAGCAUCCYCCCUGCUCGCUGUCCUACGUACGAGGCCACCUCUUCAAGCUCUGGCAUCACACACUGCAGAUCUAUCAGGACCUGAGGGACAAGCUGGGUAAGGUGAAGACCCUGGAGGGUCUGGCUGAAGUAAGCAGAGAGCUGAAGCAGCACUGCCAGAAGGAGAUAGCUGAGGGGAAGAAUGGACGGGAGCAUGCGAGCGACCUGCCCUUCCCUCACUGGAUCUGCCAGCCAUAUGUCAGACCAGAGCCGAAGCCUCAGAUUACCAAUGGUUAUUGUUGGGGGUCAAAGGUGAAGGAAAUGUUGUGCCAGAAGAGGGAGCUGGAGAACGUAGACGGAGCAGCUGACACCCUCUCCCAAAAUAAACAGGAAAAAAGAUCCUGCAAUCCCCACAAAACCUUCAGUCCUGAUCAGAAACCCAAAUACCUCAAAUGUGAACAGUGUGGCAACCCAAAGGGAAAUAAAUGUGUCUUCAACCUGUGUCGAGCCUGCUGUAAGAAGAAGGCUUUUAAAGAGGUGGCAGACUGUCAAAGCCACGGGCUGCGGUUCAAAACCAAGGCAGAGAAGCGGAAAGCUGAAGAAGAAGAAGAAGAAGAAGAAGAAGAGCAGAGGAAGAACAUGAGGAAAGAGAGCUCAGGGAUGGAACCGAACAGCUGCUCUCCUCAGACAGGUCCAGACUUGAGUCCAGACCUGCAGGCCCAGUCCUCAGCCUAGCUGCUGGCCUGACUGAGACCCUCUCCACAUGGACAGAAACAGCUUGUUACUGCGGUCAGAGUUAUUUAUUGGACAGAGACUUCUGUGAACUGUUUCAGGUACAAACCAACAUUCCAGCCRUGCUGCUUUGAUGUGAAGCAUAAAGAGGAGCACAGAGAAACACUUCUGACUGGAACACAUGAAACAUAGACUCCAGGAUAGUUCAACUGUUGAAACUGAAAACAGUUUUCAUCCAGGUGUGUGUAUGUGGUUGUGUAGGUUCUCUUAGAUUUUAUAAAAAUCCUACUGCAGACAUUUUUUUUAAUGAGCGCGCUUUGACAGAAUGAUUGGUUCACUCCAGAAAACAUUAGUAUUUGAUUUGUUUUGUGGCUUUCUGAGACGUUUAGAAGAUCUGCUCUCUGUUAACUCUUGCUGCUAAUAAAACCAGCUGUGUGUGAAUUCG